AGUAGGAGUGGUAUUGGUGUUGGUGGUGACAAACACGAGAGGACUCCCCUCGAAGAAAAGCCAGCCCCACGCGAAGAUGAGGAGAGAAUUAAGCAAAGGCAAGGCCAACAAAACAAUGAAAGAAAGAGCAGAAUAAGGUGUCUCUCUCUUGGACUGAUUCGUUUCAAUCGCAUCUCUCCCUCUCUUUCCAUCCAUCCACCUUGUAUCUAAAGAGAGACAGUAGGGAAAGAAAGAAAGAUAUAUAACACCAGAAGAAAAUACAAAGCAUAGACUACAAGGUAAAUCAAAACCAAGAAAAAGAUGAUGAUGAUGAUCGGCAGAUAAACGGGUUUAAGUGAUGAUGAAGAUUACUAUUGUCUAGCUAGUGCUAGUGCGUAUUGGUUUCUAGUUUUUGGUGGUGGUGGUCUCUUCUUCUCCUCAAUAUAACAUAAUUAUAUUUCUUGAUUCUUUCAUUGAUUCUCUUUCUCCUUCUUUUUUCCGAUUCUCGAUUCUGAGAACUAGUUGUUGCUGGACUAGUGCAAUUUUAGGUCCCUUUCGUUUUCCUCUCAUUGAAGAGUCUGCCUUAGCUUGAGGGGCAUCUUUUCAUGCUUCGUAUGUGCUAGCGUUCAUUGCUUAUCACAGUUGCUCCAUACCUCUCUCUCUCUCACACCUUUCUUUACCUUCUAUACAUAUUCACGCCCAGCUCAGAAGCACAUAUUUAUAGCUUUACUGCAACCUAUACAUUUCUCUCACAAGUCUCAACCUUGGCCUAUCUCGCUGCUGUUAUCUAUUGAUAAUCUAUAAUGGCUGUCCAGGCUCAAUAUCCCUCUAAUAUCCUCCUCCUAAACAGAAACGGGCAAGAGGGUCAGGAUUAUUCAUUGCAACCACAGCCUGGAGGAUAUCUUGAUCAAUCCUCUAUGCUACUCAACAAUGGAGGUGGCAAUAAUCAACGCAAGAGAGGAAGAGCAGCGCCAACAGGCACUACUGCUACAACCACAACAAUCAAUCAGUUCUGUAUGCAGCCUCAGCCUCAGCCUCUGUCAACAACUCAGUUAAUAGACCUCUCUCAACUCCACAAUCAUCGUCAUCAUCAGCCUCAACCAAAUCCAAAUGUCGUGUCUACUGGCCUCCGUUUAUCUUUUGGUGACCAACAACAACAGAAUCAUCAUUACCAACAGCAGAAUUUUGGCACCGGUGCAUGUCAAUCCUCUGCUCUGUUAUCGUUAUCAUCAGAAGAUUUCUCCAUCCAAAUCAAACGACAACGAGAUGAAAUUGAUCAAUUCCUUCAAGCCCAGAGAGAGCAGCUGAGGCGCACAUUAGCGGAGAAAAGACAGCGGCACUACCGUGAACUAUUAGGAGCAGCGGAGGAAUCAAUAGCCAGGAGAUUGAGGGAAAAGGAAAUGGAAAUUGAGAAGGCCACGCGUAGAAACGCCGAGUUAGAAGCACGUGCGACACAACUUAGCAUCGAUGCACAGGUUUGGCAGGCAAAGGUCAGGACCCAGGAGGUAACAGCAGCUUCCUUGCAGGCCCAACUGCAGCAGGCUGUCAUGAAUGGGGGACUGGCGCAAGAUAGCAGGAGAGGGGACGAUGGAAUAGGAUGUCCCGGGGGAGUAGAAGGCCAGACCCAGGCUGAGGAUGCUGAGUCGGCUUAUGUUGACCCUGACCGGGUCACCGUCGUUCCAGGCCGACCAAGCUGCAAAUCGUGUCGGAAACGGAUGGCUUCGGUUGUGCUUCUGCCGUGUCGGCAUCUUUGUGUCUGUACAGAAUGUGACCAAAUGGUCCAAGCCUGCCCACUUUGCCUCCAUGUUAGAAAUUCCAGUGUUGAGGUAUUUCUUUGCUAACGAGGGCUAAGCCCAAUGCAGAUGGUCGAGGCCCAUACAAAAUGGGGCAAACGCCACAAAGAGAGAAGAAAAAUGAGAAACAGGAAAAAUAAUGCUUAAUUAAUAAAUCACAAUUUAUUUCUUUCUUUCUUUUGUGUUUUUUUUUUUUGGGGUAUUUUAAAAUAACCCAAAUUUUCUUGGAGUGAAGUACCUCUACCUAGAGGUAAUGUACAUGAUCUCAUGAGCAGUUUUUUGUCUUUAUUCUUUUUUUUAAAAAAAAAUUCAAUCCUAUAUAAAUUCUUUUA